UACAAACCCCAUCCGUGCACCACUACGCAUCGACCACUUUGUCACUCGACAUUUCAAACAGAGCCGCCAAAAGAUGUCGUCGCCAUCGCCAGCAAACGACGACUUCGACGAGCACGAAGUCUUCGCAUUCCAGCACUCAUCGCCGCAGUCACUCCGAACGCAGCCGUUCUCUUCCCCACCUGCUCCACCGCUUACCGAUCUUCUGGUCCCCGAUGGUUAUCAGGUCGACAUUCAGGAUACCAAAGUCGUCAGUGAUGGCGAGGUGGAAAGAUCAGACAACCCACAUGCCCACCAUGCCGCUUUUGAUAACGGCGAUGUAGACGAAGAUCGAAGAACUUCAACGGGUUCAUCGGUGUCAUCUUUUCCGGCCUCGAUAGCGCAGCGCAUGUCAUUACCAUAUCAAGGAUAUGAAAUGCCGAGAACACCUACGCGGCAAUCGAUGGACCGACUGCGGAUGACUCAGUCUCAGUCUGCAUCAGCCAAGAGCACAAGGGAGUACUAUUCGGCAUUUCGACACCCUAGCAGUGUGCGGGCAUUGCAGAUGCGAGACGAAGUGAUGAGCGACACACACAGCGUCAUGAGGCACCAUCGGCGGAGUGGAUCUCAAAUGUCAUCUUUCAGUCACCGCAGUUCGCAUUCCACAAGCACGUCGCCGACCAAGAGAUCAAGUCGUUCCCAGCGAGUGUCGCCGCAAGUGGUUAGCAGUCACGUUCGCAAGGAGUAUCCCCUAGUCCUGCUUCACUGCACCAUCCUUGCUCCUACAUUAUUACCACAUACCAAUCAUGAUGAGGAGUUGAUAAGCGAUCUCCUGCCCGAGGCGUACCGGAAGAGGUGGGCCAUGUUGCGAGAUAAGUUUGUCGGGGACAGUGAAGUCAGGAGUCGAGGCGUACUGAUUUCGCACCCCAAAGAGGACUACGAACUGUUGGAGGAGAGACUGCUCGAGAGUCUGGAGUUGGAGGUCCCACGAAUUAGCCAUGAUCAUUACCUCUUUGGAGAGUCAACCAGUGGCGACAGUGGGUUCGAGAGUGCAAGUACAAGCACGACGGACGAAGAUGGCACAGAAGACAGUUCAUGUCAAUCGCAAUGUCCCGAUUGCGGAUGCAAGCUUCGACCAGACCAGGUCAACCGCAAGUGGGAAGUCAGGGUAUUCGCGGCCAACGGACUCAUGCGAGCAGGAGCUUGGGCCGCCGCCUGGCAAGAAAUGGAGAAGGUCGAUGUGGAAAUUCGGUUGUGGCUCCCGGACGAAAUCCGAAGAGAUGUCGAGGCAAAGUUGGCCCUCGUGGAACCGAUCGUGGACGAAGAGCCAGAAACGAUACAACCGGAUGUCCGACACGGUGCCUCAUCUCCAUACGCUGUUGACACCCAGGAGCGGGAGAGGGAAAUCUAUGGGAACAUCGGAACAGAAAGAAGCCAAGCUGAGAUCAAUGAGCUUGACAAGGAGCUGAGACAUGAACGACAGCCCUACAGGGAGACGGGGCCACCGACAAGACGACUAAGUGAUAGUGUGACGCAAAUCUUGUUGAGACACCUUCAGAAAGCACUGCAAGACCGCAAGAAUGUUGCGGUGGGGAUAUUAAGUAUCCUGGUGCUUUUUCUCACCCUGGGCAGCAACAGAAGACCGGAGUCGCAAAAUGCGGUCAACUCAAGGAAUGAGCGGACGAUGUUGGGGGAGGUGCUGACAACGACGGUGACGGCAACAGCGACAACAACAAGGACCAACCUUCAGGUUUUGACCGAGACCGUAUCGGUAUCAAGCACCCCUGAAAUGGUGUCAGUAUUACAUGAAUCGCACGCAGACCUGGCAGAAAUCAGGAAGGAGUCCACGAUCAAGCCAGCUCUCGAGACGGCGCAGAUAGCGGACAAGGAUGUGGGGAUCGGUCUUGUGACAGCUGAAGACCGGGCUGAGGAAUCCUUGACGAUGUGCUUUGCAGAUUGCAGGUGAUGUGUCAAACCAGAAUGCAGCCUUACGGUGAUUGUCGACAAAGAGAAUGUGAGGUGCAGAAUCGGGUGAUGGGCGGUGACCAGGGGGAAGGAAAGGUGCUCGCCUUGAUCCCACGAGGCAGGGUGAUCACGGGUGACUUAUGGCGACUUUUCUGGGCGCGGGCUCGUCAAUGCACGCCAGAGGGCCAUAGCCUACGCCUCUGCAUAUGAUCGAUUCCUGUGUAGAGAGGGCACGAGAGGAGAAGAGAGGUCGAGAUUCGCAUCGAGACGUGGCAACCACGUCGGCGCAGGGAAGAAUACGAGGAUGGCAGGAGCAGAUUGGUUGUCGAGGACUCCCACAAUAGAAAUUUAUCUGCAGUCGUCAUUAGCUCAUCAGCUAUCGCAAU